AUGGCCUCCUCCGAUCUUGAGGCCGCCACUGCGCUGAAGGCCCAGGGCAACAAGGCAUUCGCGCAACAUGAAUGGCCCGCCGCCAUCGACUUCUAUACCCAAGCGAUAGAGAAGUACGAUAAGGAGCCUACCUUCUUCAGCAACCGAGCCCAGGCGUACUGGAGACGAGCCCUUGCGAACAGCGCUAUUCUGCAUUACAAGGAAGCACUGAAGGACUUCCGGGCUGUGGUAAAGCGGGACCCUGGGAAUCGCGAUGCGAAACUGAAGCUCGCCGAGUGUGAGAAGCUGGUACGCCGGUUGGAGUUCGAGAAGGCGAUCGAGGUUGCCGACCCUCCUUCGGCUUUUGAGAGCUUGGAUAUCGACUCGAUGGUCGUGGAUGCCAGCUACGAUGGCGUGCGUUUGGAGGGCAAUGAGAUGACCCAGGAGUUCAUCGACGACAUGAUUGAGCGGUUCAAGAACGGCAAGAAGAUUCACCGCAAGUACGUUUUCCAAAUAAUCAAGGCCGUCAAGGAGAUCGUCUACGCCGAGCCUACAAUGGUGGAGGUCGGCGUUCCGGAGGGUACUCGCUUGACGGUCUGCGGUGAUACGCACGGACAAUACUUCGAUCUGCUCGAGAUUUUCCGCUUGAACGGCUACCCUAGCGAGACGAAUGCCUAUCUCUUCAACGGUGACUUCGUGGAUCGUGGCUCAUGGUCUACUGAGAUUGCUCUGCUUCUCUACGCAUACAAAUGGCUGAGACCCAACCGCAUCUUCUUGAACCGCGGUAACCACGAGACGGACGACAUGAACAAGGUGUACGGUUUUGAGGGCGAGUGCAAGGCCAAGUACAACGAGACCACUUUCAAGGUCUUCUCGGAGUCAUUCUCCGCGUUGCCAUUGGCCACGUUGAUCGGAAAUAAGUAUCUUGUCCUUCACGGUGGUCUCUUCUCCGACGACAACACUACCCUCGACGACAUCCGCAAGCUGAACCGUCACAACCAGCGCCAGCCGGGUCAGCAAGGAUUGAUGAUGGAGAUGCUCUGGACAGACCCGCAGACUCAACCGGGUCGUGGCCCCAGCAAGCGUGGUGUCGGCCUCCAGUUUGGACCCGAUGUCACUAAGCGCUUCUGUGAGAAGAACGGGCUGGAGGCGAUUAUCCGUUCGCACGAGGUUCGCAUGGAGGGCUACGAGGUUGAGCACGACGGACGCUGUAUCACGGUCUUCUCGGCGCCCAAGUAUUGCGAUACCACAGAGAACAAGGGUGCUUUCAUCAAGAUUGGGCCCGAGCUCAAGCUUGAGUACCAGGUUUUUGAGGCAGUUCCUCACCCUGACAUCAAGCCGAUGGCCUAUGCACAGAGCUCUCUUAUGUCGAUGAUUUCAUACUAUUCAUAUUGGCUGCGGCGCGGAGGCAUUUCCGACCGCGGCAACCCCGCGAUUCUGCCCGCUCAGUUGCUUCUGCCCCUCCGUCAUUCCUCUCUCUCUUCAGCAGAAUUCUCCCCAAAAUUCCUCCCCUCUCACUAUCUCACAAUGGAAUACGACCCUCAAACCCACGAUUUGCACCGUAGCGUCGGCCAAACAACAGACGAGGAGAAGCGCAAAGAAGGGAAGGAAAUCACCGAGAAGCUAGCAGCUCUCAAGUAUGAGUUGCAGCACAACAGACAAUUGACGCCCCUUCCCGACGAUGGCCAACCUGAUAUCGCAGACUACAACAAAGAACUAGAGGAACGAGGAAAUCCGGUCUGGCAUAAUGUCUCGUGGCUUUAUUCAGAAUGCUACCUCUACAGACGGUUGAGCACGCUUUUCUCACUCUCUAAGCACUGGAAAGGCUAUGAUGUCUUUGCCCGCCAGAAGCUCUCCACCUUCAAGUCAUCCCGCCCGGCGGUUCUCGAGCUGGCCGCCAGAUACAAGGAGUUGGCGACGGAAGCCGAGAAGGGCAACGAGGGUCGCAGCCCCGAGCAGGUCGAGCAGGCCGAGCGGGUGCUGUUCUCGGAGAUGUGCGAGAUCUGCCUCUGGGGCAAUGCCACCGACCUUUCCCUCCUGACCUCCCUGACCUACGAAGACAUCCAGAAGCUGCAGGGAUCCAAGGCGCGCAAGGCCGCUGAGGAGAACAUCCUCGUCAACGAUCUCGAUGCCGCCUUCGACGUGCUCCAGCAGGCCCGGCGCGAGCGGAAGAACCAGGAGCGUCGUGUCGACAUCGUCCUUGACAACUCCGGCUUCGAGCUGUUCGUCGACCUCAUCCUCGCCGGGUACCUCCUCUCUGCCGGCUUGGCCACCACCGUCGUCCUCCACCCGAAAGUGAUCCCCUGGUUCGUGUCCGACGUCACGCCCCCCGACUUCAUGGCCCUCAUCAACGCCCUCUCCGACGCCCAGGGCUUUUUUACAGCCCCCGACGAAUCCGGUCGCAAGCACGACCCGCUGUCCGACAAGGAGUUGUCCGAGGUGACCUUCCUCUUCGACCACUGGAGCCACCUCCACGCCGAAGGCAAGCUCAUCAUUCGUCCGCACACCUUCUGGACCCUUCCCGGCGGAUACUGGCGCAUGCCCUACCUCGCCCAGGAUCUCUACGACGAUCUCAAGCAAAGCGAACUCGUCCUGUUUAAGGGGGAUCUCAACUACCGCAAGUUGACCAACGAUUCUAUCUGGGACCCGACCACCCCCUUCACCACAGCCAUUGGUCCCCUUGGUCGUCCCGACUCCGGUAUCCGCGUCAUGGCUUUCCGCACCUGCAAGGCCGACGUGGUGGUCGGUCUCCCUGCCGGCGUCGACGAGAAGCUUCGCGCCCUGCCUGAUGGUGGGGGCUCCGAGGCCCGCAAGUGGGCCUGGAGCGGGAAGUGGGCGGUCGUCUCAUUUAGUGAUGGCAAGCAAGGCUCGAAAUGA